CAUUAUACACACAGCUACACCGGCAGGAUCAUUCAUCGCGUUUCUUACCAAGGAACAACAUGAAAUAUUUUUUUGCCUUGUGCAUUAUUUUCUUUAAUCUUAUUUGUUUUGUUUCAUCUUUUGACUUUAAAAUGAAGAUAUCUGCAGUGACUAUAAUGGCUUUAGCCCCAUUCUUCAUAAUAUCGGUGUCUUUUAUUGGCCUUUUGAUUUAUAACAUGGCAGCAUUUUUCUCUGGACUUGCACCCUAUACAAGUGGUUUACGGGACUUUGCAUUGGCCAAUAUUGCUUUUACCGUGAUGCAUGGUAUCUGUUGCUAUAUCGGAGCUGCCACAAUGUACGCCAGAUACACCCUGCUGAGGCAUCGCAGCGCUGAGUCUGGAAAGAAGCGUACCUGGGCCAACGUAGCCCUAUUGCUGCUGGGAUUGUUGGCAUGCCAAGCUUACUUUUUGGAGAACUUUCCGGUGCUGGCGUUCCAGAGCGCGCACAUAGCAGGAGUGCUGACAGCCACUGUUUGUGCGAGUGCCUAUACUAUAAUAAACACCGUGAUAUCGUACAGGACUCCCCCGGAGAAGGACGGCAGAGUCAAGUGCCUUUUGCGCUUGAUAAUAUCAGUGACCACCGUAUUCUUCUUAGUGAUAGGUGCAGCGUUUGCUUUCAUGUUCAUCUGGAUGGCACCAGUAAACACACAGCUGUAUGAGAUCAUGAACAUCUUACGAGUUACCAGCGAAUGGCUCUCAACUGUCACAUUUUAUGGGUAUUUGGCCACAUUUGCUACAGACUUCAAGAUCUACGGUUUCACAAUACCCAAGAACAUGAAGGACGAUUGGUUCUAUGUCAGAACCAAGUUACCUGGUGAUGUAGAGGCCAAUGAAGAGAGUGAAAUAUAAGGGAGAAGGUUUGGAUGUGGCAUCUGUGACCUGAAGCAGUCCUCAGCCAGUGGGAAUUUCCAAUCUGCCCACUGAGAUAUCCGUCAGGGAAGUGCUUUUUACUCAGGAGAUGCAAAUCACAGAUAAUACUAACCAGGGUUUGGUCGGCUUAAGACUCGACUGAAGUACAAUUUGCUGGAUGUGAGUGCUCUAAGGCACAUAAAGCCUCAUUAACAUGUGUGAAGAUGGAUUUCAAUUCUCACUCCAACAAGUCGUUAGGCCCGAGCCAUCCGUUAGGCUCUUGCCGCUGUAUGAAGAAGAUAAGUCCAAGGAGGGAUCCAAUACAAAAUAUCUGUUGCACCGUAAGCACCCGCUCGGCUCCCACCAAUGAUCUGUUUGGGAUAUCGUGGGACUACUCCUUCCUGUGGAUCCUAUUGUAAUUCAAAGCUAUUGUAAUAACCUAUGGGUUUUGUCAAUGACCUUAAAUAAAAUAAAUGAUUUAAUUCAC